AUGGUUUCUGUCCUGACUGAUGUUGUCUCGGGCGAGGCGGAACACUCGGGUUCCACCACGUGGACGACUGGUCAUACGAGAGAAAGAGAAGAGUUUGUUUUGCCUACUCAACCAUUGGUCACUAGUUCAGCUGGUAUGUAAGAAUGUGAAAGCUCAACAACGUCUUUGGAGAAGCCAAAGAGAUAUAGAGGAGUGAGGCAACGUCCAUGGGGAAAAUGGGCCGCGGAGAUUCGAGACCCGCACAAGGCGAUGCGUGUUUGGCUCGGCACCUUUGAGACAGCCGAGGCCGCUGCUAGAGCGUACGAUGCAGCGGCACUCCGCUUUAGAGGAAGCAAAGCAAAGCUUAAUUUCCCUGAAAAUGUAGGAACUACUCGGUCGAUCGAACCAGAUUCUCAUCACUUCUUGCAGAACUCAAUGCAACCUCCUCUGACAUACUUGGAACAAUGUCCAAGUUUAUCAUCUUCCUAUGAUCAAUGGACUGAGUAUAAUCAAUACAACUACCCAUCUUAUGGUUAA